UGGAGGAAUGUUAGGCAGAGACCUCUAGGUUUCUGGCUUAUGUGGUUACAAGAAUAUGUUUUCUAACAGCAUUGGAUGAGCAGAUGUGGAGGAAAAUACUAUAAAAUUGUGGAUUUGAAGGUUUCUGAGAGAGAUUUUUAUUUAUCUGGAUCUCCACAUAGCAAUCUGAGCUAGAAAUAGCAUAUAAUUGGAGGUGCACACCAAGGAAAAAUAUUUAACAGUUCUAGUUAUUAACUAAUGAGCAAUGGCACCCUAGUUGCCCACAAAUGUUUCACUGAUAUGUGGAAGACCACUAGGAUGACUCUUCCUGAAAGAAGACCAUUUGUCUCCAUUUUGGCUAAGCCUUGCAUUAAUUCCUUGUAUUAACAGAUACGGAGCUAGCUAUGAUAAUAUUCUACUCCCUCAUUUGGCUUUAAGCAACGUAAAUGGGUCUUGCAGGGGCGCCAAUGUGUAGCCUUUGAAGCAAUGCAACAGAUCAGUGAUGCCCAACCUAUGUAUAGCUCCCUACUACUGAGUGUGAGCUAGUGAGCUAGGCCAAGAGAUGCUGCACUGUUGGCUGAACUGAAUCUCAAGAAAGACUAUGACAUUUCCAGGCAGAAGGGCCAGACACCAAAGGUUUAUUUUCUAUAAGCUGCCUAAGAAACAAGACAAGGAGAGUAGAGAGACCGGGCUAGAGUACCUUUACCUAGACUCCACAAUUAGAAGCUGGAAGAGAAGUGAACUACUGAUAAAUGCCACCAGGAGUGCUUUGGGGAGGACUUUACAACAGCUGUAUGAAACCUAUGCUUUCAAGGAUAACAACACAGCCUAUGUACUAUACAAUGAUGGAGUUCCUAAAUCUGCGGGUUACAGCAGAAACUUUGGACACACCAAAGGUUUACUACUGUGGAACAGAAUCCAGGGAUUUUGGCUGAUUCAUUCUAUUCCCCGAUUUCCUCCAAUUCCUGAAGAAGGCUACGAUUAUCCAUCCACAGGGAGACGGAAUGGACAAAGUGGCAUCUGUAUAACUUUCAGAUAUAACCAGUAUGAAACAAUAGAUUCUCAGCUCUUGGUCUGCAACCCAAACAUCUAUAGUUGUUCCAUCCCUGCUACGUUUCACCAAGAGCUCUUCCACCUGCCCCAGCUGUGCGCCGGGUCCCACUCGGCUAAGAUCCCUGUCCGGCACCUCACCACCCUCCAGUCAGCCCAGGGACAAAGCUUUCUCCAUUUUGCAAAAUCUGAUUCAUUUCAUGACGAUAUUUUCGCAGCCUGGAUGGCUCAACAGUUGAAAACUCACUUGCUAACAGAAACCUGGCAACGAAAGAGACAAGAGCUUCCUUCAAACUGCUCCCUUCCUUACCACAUCUACAAUAUCAAAGCCAUUAAGAUAUCUCACCAAUCUUACUUCAGUUCUUACCAAGAUCAUGCAAAAUGGUGUAUUUCCCAAAAGGGCACUAAAGAUCACUGGACAUGCAUUGGAGACCUAAAUCGGAGCCCACACCAAGCCUUCAGAAGUGGGGGAUUUAUUUGUAACCAAAAUCAGAAUAUUUACCAAGCAUUUCAAAAAUUAGUUUUGUAUCAUGAGGACUGUAACUAAACUUGGUGAAAGGAUACAUGCACUACCACAGAAACGUUGAUAAUAGAUCUAAUAUCACUAGACACAUUCUUUAUAUAUUAAAACCUUCUCCAUAAAUUCAACAUAUCACUAAAUAAAACAACUUUUCCAUACUUA